AUGGAUCCGAAAAGUAAGAGCUUAGAAUCAUCACUUACAGUUCCAAGUGUUCAAGAAUUAUCACUUCAAAAUCCACAAAAAGUCCCACAAAGAUACAUAAGAGAUGAUGCUGAUCAUGAUUUCUGCACUUUUCCUUCUUCUGAUCCAUCUCUUACAAUACCCUUGAUUGAUAAGGCUAAGUUGGUCAACGCUGAUACACAACAAGAUGAGCUUCAUAAGCUUCACCUUGCUUGUAAACACUGGGGUGUUUUUCAGAUGGUAAAUCAUGGAGUGUCAUCUGUUAAUAAUAUGGGGAAUGAAGUAAAGAGAUUUUUUGAACUUCCUUUACAAGAGAAAAAACGAUGGGCACAGAAAGCAGGAAGUCUUGAAGGGUAUGGUCAAGCAUUUGUUACAUCUCAAGAACAGAAGCUUGAUUGGAAUGAUAUGAUCUUCCUUAAAUCUUUACCUAUUCAAAAUAGAAAAUUGGAUUUGUGGCCUCAAAAUCCUCCUCAGUUCAG